GAAAGGCUCAAAUCACUCAAAACACUGGUCUGCGAAAUAGAAACGGAGCGCAAACGUAACGAAACCAUCAACAACGUGAUGCGCUUAACCAAGAUGUCGAGCGAGGACAAAUCACCGGCCCUGAACCACAAGCUCAAAACGCUGUACAAAGUAGGCCUACAGGAUGCGAUACAGGAGACACUGAUACGGCAGGCGCUGGCAAAGAUUCAGGACAUCAGAAACAUACGCAACGAACGCCGCAUCCAGGCACGCAAUGCCGGCAACAAGGAGACCAUUCGCCGCGGUGCUUUGAUGAAGAUGCUGCAGAUCUCCGCCCAAACAUUGCCGCUGUUCGUCAGCAAGCCGGGCGAAAAGAUACCUCACCUGUGCGGAUCGAUCCCGGCGGAGCGCUACAUUGCCAAGCCGGGCGACAUGGUAGCAGCGCUGGUGAAGCGAGAGGGCGAGGAGAAUUGGAUAUUGGCCGAGGUGGUGCAGUACGUGUCCUCCACCAGCAAGUACGAGGUGGACGAUGACGAGGAGCAGAAAGAUCGCCACGUGCUGAGUCGUCGCCGGAUCGUGCCACUGCCGCUGAUGCGAGCCAACCCGGAGACCGAUGGACAGGCGCUGUUCCCCAAGGGUACCACCGUCAUGGCGCUCUACCCGCAGACGACCUGUUUCUACAAAGCCAUCAUUAAUCAGCUGCCCCAGACGGCAAACGAAGAGUACGAGGUGCUGUUCGAGGAUCCAACAUACCCGGACGGGUACUCGCCGCCUCUGUUUGUCGCGCAGCGGUACGUGAUUGCGAUCAAGCAGAACAAGAAAACCACCUCUUGACAACCGCAACAGCAGCAAGUGGUGCAAGCGCAGCCAGUCGUUUCACACGGCCCAGUCCCUGCGGCUUCCUGUCCAAAUUUCGUUUACGGAAAUCAUACAGCUGCGACCACCAAUUGU